AUGCUUGCUAUCGACAGCCUGCUAACUGCCGCGCGGAUUCUGGAAGCCGCCAAUCAACAUCAGACGAUUGCUGCCAGCACCUCUCUUUUUCUGGACACCCACAUUCCUGAUGAGCUCGAACUCCGCGACCUUGUCAACCAAAAGAUGCGCGUCAAGCGCCCGAUGUCCAACUCGUCGGCCACCUCCUCCGAGCCCUACACCAUCUCGUGUAAAAACUCCAGCACCAAGCAAAGCCGCACCGCGCACAACGAGCUCGAGAAGAACCGCCGUGCGAACCUGAAGGACUGUUUGGACACGCUGAAGAGUCUGGUCCCCGACUCGCAGGACGCCGCCAAGAACACCACGUUGGCGUUGCUGACCCGGGCUCAUGACCAUAUUGAGAAGCUCGACGACGAACUCGCCGAAGCCGAUCAUAUCAUUGCCCAGCUCGAGGCGAAGAAGCUCGCCUUGCUUUCAAAACUCUCGGGCGCACCUCAACCGGUCAUUUCCUCAGAAGCCGUCAUGCACCCUCAAUACCGCCCGGAAUCCACAAUGUCGUUGCCUUGUUCUUCUCGUUCUUCUCCUCUUCUGGAGACCACCUUCUCGUCUGUAGCUCCUAGCCCGGCUCCCCAGAUCCUGGACCCCGUCAAGGAGGGCCUGGUCUCCCCAUUCCCACUUUGCUACCCCUCCUCAUCACUGUAUCCCCAUUUCGAUCUCUCCCAACAUGCCUCUAUCCUUCAGGAGCUUGGCUUGCCACUUCAGCACCUCAUCGUC